GGUGUCAUAGCAACGAUCAACAUUUGUAAAGCGAUUAAAGCGUCGACGAGCACGGACAGUUAAUAAUAACGACAGUAACUGUAUGAGUAUGCACACACAGUUAAUAAUGACGCUCCACCUACUUCUUCCAGGAGAUAAUUAGCGUUACGAUCGUAACACAGCAGGCGGAGGUUCGUGUCACGGUGUUAGCCUGUGACAGAUGGCAAAGAUGCUGACUGAAAAGCUCAGUUUGACUUGUGACAGACUCCUGUCGCACCGGCAGCUCGCAUGCUGUUACUCUUACUUUAGCAUACCACGGCACGGCAAGGAAGUGCUCGUUUACAGCACAAAAGACGGAAAGCAGAAGCCCCUCGUGCUAACUGGUCACCAUGGUGACAUCAGUGCCCUGACUUUUGGAAAAAGAAGCAGUCCUGUUAUCCUCUGCUCCGCCUCUGCUGAUUACGUCAUUGUCUGGGAUAUUGAAUUGUGCCAGAAGAGAACACAGGAAGGUAAAGUUGCAGCUGGAACAGUUAUCGGGACAUUGCUGGGGGAGGUUGUUCAUCUUUCAUUUUGUUUCUCUGAUGCACGAGUGGCUGCAUGCACGGGAGCAACUGCAUGUAUUCUCAGCUUAAAGAGACCAGAAACGAUCCGUACCUUGACGGGCCACCUGGGACCUGUAACAUCAGCAGAGUUCUGUCCCUGGAAUAACGAUAUCCUCGUCACCACAUCAGAAGACCGUACCUUUAGGGUGUGGGAUUUAAAAACUGAAGCUGUUUUCUUCCAGUCGUUUGUGCUUUCAGCCUCUCCACUGCUCACUGCAUUCUUCUUGGAAGAGCACAGGCAUCUUAUCACCGGUUCAACUGAUGGACAGGUGUGGUGCUUUUCUCUCAGUGACGACCACAAGUGUCACCUAGUGACCAAAAUGGACCUUGAGAAGAUGGAAAAAAGACAUCAAAUGCACCAAGAGAGUGUGAGCCAUCAAGCAGGGUGUGUUGGAAAAUCAUCUGCUGAUAAAGUGGAGACUUCAAAACCUGUUCUCAAAAUGGCUUUAUGUAGGCCUCUUUCAGACAUCAAUGGUGACCAAGAAAAUGACAACAGCUGGUUUUGUAUUGGAAGCUCUGAUGGUCUGUAUGUGGUCGAUCUGGCUACGUCUGAACUGGUAACGGCGCUAUAUUUCAAAGAUUACCCUAAGCUGAGCAUCGCCAUGGCUGGGUCAUGGACCAUCUCUCCAGGGUGUGAUAACUCUAUGCUGAUGUUAGUCAGCUCUUUGUUUACCCCAUGUGUGGUCAUGUUGGAGGUGCGUCUAUGUGACCUAAGAAGGCCCUUGGCUUGUGGCGAAGGAUUUUCAGUGUUCCCAAGUUCUCCUCCGCUGCCCAAUUCUCCCCUCAAUACUGAGCUAAAGAGGAAGGAACCCAGCCAUCCUAAAAAGAAAGGAGGUGUAAAGGACCAGCCUCUGGUUUUCCACUGUAAAGUGAAGUCAUCUGGAUAUACUAGUGCCCCGAGGACGAUCAUGUUUUCACCCAAAACAAACGUUCAAAAAAAUUCUUCCUCUAGAAAAAAGGCUGAUGGAAAUACAGGUUCCCUCCUUAAAGAUUACCCACCAGACGGUGCGGCACCGGCUGUCCCGUGUGCUGGUGUGAGCGUGAAGAAGCAUGUCUCAUGCCUUCAGUAUUCAGGUGAUGGAAAACAAAUCCUGUGUGGUCUUGGAGACAGCACACUGUUACUGUACAAGUCCUGCCUUACUGGCGCUCCAGCUGUCUAUAUAGGGCAUGACAAGCCAAUAAGCAGUUUGAGCUGGAGCCUUAGCAGACGGUGGUGGCUGAGUGCAUCAGAAGACCUGUCACUCCAAAUCUGGACUCACUGUAACUCAGAGCCUGCCAUUAUCAUGGGUGACAAAAUGUUCUCCAAACCCAUUAGAGGUGCUCAGUUUUAUUAUCUCGACAAAUUUGUACUUCUGGCAUCCGGGCCCUCUCUGUACCUGUACCUGUAUAACCUGGACAUCACGCGCGAUGACAUAAAAAGAUAUCAUCAACGGAGUGUCAGCAAAUUGGCUGGAUGCUUUACGACAACAUCAGCAACAGACAUCACUGCCUUGUCUGCGAUCAAUGAUUUUUUUUCGCACAUUGUUUUGGUGUGUGGGUCAGAUCGGUCUAUUCAAGUAUUUGACAUGAACAAAGGCACAGUUGCCUCAGAGGUGCCUGAUGCCCACAGCAGAGCCAUCCACUGCAUCACACAGAACAAGGGAUCAGCGUUUAGCUCACAGGCUCCAGAUUCAUACAACCUCUUCCUGACCAGUGCUGUCACUGAUGGUAUGAAGAUUUGGGACCUUCGAACACUUAGGUGUGUACGACGUUAUGAGAACCAUGUAAAUCGCUGCCAGCCCUGCUCUUCAGCCAUCUCGCCAUGUGGACGCUUCAUUGCUACAGGCUCUGAGGAUAACUGUGCCUAUGUGUAUGACAUCCGUAGCAGCAACUAUCUCCACAGAUUACAAAAACACUCAGACACUGUGCUUAAUGUGGCUUUCAACCCUGCUACACCACAGCUGCUAACUGGGACCCUGGAUGGGAAGCUCAGGCUGUUUAAGUCCAGCAGUGGCUCUUCUUUGUCCUGUGACACCAGCGCUGCCGUGCACAGUGUCCUCAACGAGACUGUGUAAUUACAGCUGGCCCCUGCAGAGCCCAUGCAGGUUUUAUUAAUGCAGUUCCAACCCGAUGAGUGGGAUUUUCAUUGGGAAAGAAGAAUUUAAACGUUUUCUUUUUUUGCUCUUGGUUUAAUGAAAAACAGGUAGAGUUAUAUAAAAAUGUGCUCUUGUGUGUUCUUCCUCAGUGCUUAAAAUUGUCAGUAGAAACCAGCCAUUUCAGAUCAUUUGUCUUUGUUAAACUUCCUGCCCAUGCUUCCAGCGCAUUUCUUAUUUAAAGGGAGCUCGGUGCUUUGUUUGAACUCGUUUAGCCACAUUUUUUGUGAUGCACGAUUUAGUCAAUUAAACAUAAUAUCGCUAGAUUUGCCAAAAACAAUUAUUAUUAGCAGUUAUUCACAUCUGUUGCACAUUCUGAAUGGUCAAGCAUAACGUUUAGUUUAUUCAGUAUGUGGAACAGAUGUACUUCUUAUAUCGCUGGCUGUGACCUCCACUUAGCAGAUCAGCACGUAGAGCUAUGACAUCAACUGGGUGCAACCUCUUUGGCUGCCAGACACACAGAUGCUCCUACUGUUCAUACUGAUACACCCAUCUCCAUUGUUUGUGCAGGACGUUUAGUCCUUUCUACCUCAGUCACAACAAACUGUCAGGUAUUCUAAUACAUAGUAGAGGAUAUAAAGGCUCAAUAUGAAAUUUACAUUUGACAUGGCUACAUUGUUGAUGUUAAUGUGAGUGUGAUGUAUGAAUAAACUGUUGCAUCCUG